UCGGCCCCACGCAGGAGCGGCGGGGUGGGGCGCACCGCUGCCCCGCUGCCAGCCGCUGCCUUCCCCGCGCCGGGGAGAGCCGGCGGCAGGCCCGGGGAGGAGCGAAGCCCGAUCCCCCGGCGAAGCAGCCGGGAGGGAAGAUGGAGCCGGUAAUAGAGUCUGUAUUCUUUCUUCUCCAGGAGCCCGGGAAGACUGAUGUUACGGAAUAUACAGGGUGCUGCAUUUUGAGUGACAAUGAGGAAGAGGGAGUCAUCCCCGAAGGCCUUAAGCAAGAUGUACUGCCUCAGGUACCUGAAGCCCACAGCCCAGACAGCGGGGCAGCCAGUCUGCAAAGGCAGCAAAGGGCAGCCUGUAAUAAUCCCCCUCACCAAAAAGGAAGUUCCAGAAAACUCGCCUACAUCGCUGAUGGCCAGAAACUGCACACAGAAGAGAAAACCUACAAGUGUACAGAAUGUGGGAAGGGCUUUAAGGGGCGCUCCAGGCUUCUGAAGCACCUGCAAACCCACACAAGAGAAAAAAUGUUUGAGUGUGUUGAAUGUGGGAAGAGCUUUAGCAGGAAGGCCAAUCUGGUGGUACACCAGAGAAUCCAUACAGGGGAGAGGCCCUACAAGUGCAAGGAAUGUGAGAAAACCUUUAGCCGUACCUCAAACCUUAUCGCUCACCGCAAAACCCACGCGAAAAAGAAAGCCUUUUCCUGCACCACAUGCAGGAAAAGCUUCAGUGGGAGUGCAGCUCUUUUCAGGCACCAGAAAGUCCAUAUGGAUGAGAAGCCCUAUAGGUGUACUGAGUGUGGAAAUAGCUUCCGUCUGUGCUCAAACUUCAUUAAACAUCAACAGAUUCAUUUGAGAGAGGCAUCCAGUGAACACACAGCAGAUGCAAACGGCUCCGAAUUUACCUCUCUGCAUCAUAAAGAGCAAAGGUGUGAUGCAGAGAAAUGUGAGAUGGAUCACUUGAAUCUUGUUCAUGAAGAGUUGAAGAAAAUGAGGGAAAAUAUGGAUAUGCUGCUUCUGAAUCAGCAAAGUCAGCUGCAGGUCCUGCAAGAAAUUCAGAAACAACUGAAUAUACUCCUCCCAGGCAAUGAUCUCAUUAAUUCAAAUGUUUAUAGUUUAGGACUUCUGCUAGGACGGCAGGCAGCUGCAGCGGCGUCUCUUUCUUUUCCCCUUCUUAAUCCCAGCAGUCUCCUCCCUGAAAAUAUGAGCCUCUUGGCCCGGUCAUCUGCCUCUGGAGUUCAGCCUACCACUCGGCUCCCAACCUCUCAAUAUCCUGCGUCUUCCACAACUUGAUCAGCACUGUGCUGUGAACCUAUCCAAUGUAAACAAAAUGUGACUACUGUUUGGUACUGUUUUCUCACUCCAACAUGUGAUCUCUGUGUUGUAAUGUUGAAACUGUAGACCUGUGAAGAUGCUGACUCAGACUUGGAAAGAUGCAUGCCUCAGAUGCACCAUCAAGCAGCAGUUGAUCAAAUCCACUGCCCAUUCAUUUGUUGCAGCAUGCAGACAUUUUGGCCAGGAAUGUAUUUUGUCAAGGUAGCUCAAGAGAUCUUUAUCGCUGGGGUGUAGUGAAGUGCAACAUCCAUAUGUAAGAUUAGGCAUAAGAUUUAAGCAUAUUUUUAUACCUGAUAUACAUUUAAUAUGUACUUGGGCAACUGGACCUCUCCUAAUGAGCUGAAGCUAAUGAUAGAAUCAUCAGGGAUAGUUUAAGCAACUCCUGUUAAGUCUGAUUUGUGUAGAGGUAAGCAACAUGCUUAUGUAAAGGUUAACUGGACCUCUAUUCCCAGCAUUCAUUUGCAAAAGCUUCCUUCAUUCAGGAAGCCUUUAAAUUAUGUGACUUUAGCCGAUUCUUAGGCCAGCGUCACUACUAAAA